AUGGGCUUCUGUUCGAUUAUCAACAAGGUUAUGUGCAGGAGCAAGUAUUUUCUGCUGUUCGUUGUGUCGCUGUCGGUGCUGGCGUGGAUAGCCAUGUUUCCUGGUGAAACGGUCAAAUCUAAUCCGGGCGACUCCGUCGCGACAGAAACUCUCCUCCGAGGAGGUCCGGACCCGUGGACUGCAGAACCCACUCGUCUGAAAGCCGCAGCACAAAAGGCUCAAUGCCCAGAGGAGUCUCAGCUGCUCCAGGGAGUUGUUCCUCUAACCUUUGCAUCCUCGCUACAAUUGAAGGAUGUCGAGAAGGAAAACAAGAGAAUGAGCGAAGGAGAGUACGAGCCUUCAGACUGCACCGCGAGGCAAAGCGUGGCCAUCCUCAUCCCUCACCGCAACCGAGAGAGGCACCUCCUCUACCUCUUACACCACCUGCUCCCCUUCCUGCAGAGGCAGCAGCUACACUACGCCAUUUACGUCAUCCACCAGGCCGGUGAUGCCAUUUUUAAUCGAGCAAAGUUACUGAAUGUUGGCUACCUGGAGGCGCUAAAGGACUUCAGCUGGGACUGUUUCGUCUUCCACGACGUGGACCUGGUUCCUGAAAAUGAUCACAACUUGUACAUCUGCGACAAGCAGCCGAAACACAUGGUGGUUGGCCGCAACGUCACAGGAUACAAGCUGCGUUACAAAGGAUACUUUGGGGGAGUCACUGCCCUGACCCGAGACCAGUUUUUUCAAGUGAACGGAUUCUCGAACAAUUACUGGGGAUGGGGAGGGGAAGAUGACGACCUCCGCAUCAGGGUUGAGCUGCAGAAAAUGAAGAUCUUACGACCACCUGCUGGCAUAGCUCGCUACACCAUGGUGUUUCACAAACGGGAUAGCGGCAAUGAGAUAAAUGUGAACAG